AGGCGGAAGCCGGAAGUCGGUGUUUCGGAAUGUUCGUCUUAGAAAGUGGAAGAGAAGAGCGUUCACGAGAGCUGCUCGAAUUAAAUCACAAACGGCUUGAUUAAUUAAUUAACUCCGAUCAGGAUGAUGAGAUGGAUGGAAAACAUCAGGCUGACCAAACACCUCAUACAGGGUGUCGGCCAGCCGAAGGUGGCUCAUGCCGUGGUGGUGAUCUUCUUGGAGUUCUUCGCCUGGGGUCUCCUGACCAGCCCGAUGCUGGCCGUCCUGCACGAAACCUUUCCGCAGCACACGAUCCUCGUGAACUGCUUGGUUCAGGGCGUCAAGUGUGUUUGCAGGGCUUUCUGUCGUUCAUGAGCGCUCCUCUGAUCGGUGCCUUCUCUGAUGUUUGGGGCAGAAAGAGGUUCCUACUGCUCACAGUGUUUUUCACAUGUGCCCCGAUCCCACUAAUGAGGCUCAGCCCAUGGAGUUUCUUCACUCUGAUGUCUGUGUCUGGACUCUUCUCCGUUACGUUAUCUGUUAUAUUUGCGUAUGUGGCUGAUAUCACAGAAGAGCAUGAAAGGAGCACAGCGUAUGGUCUGGUGUCUGCGACGUUCGCGGCGAGUUUAGUGACGAGUCCGGCGAUAGGAGCGUUCCUGUCCAUGCGCUACGGAGACAGUGUGGUGGUUCUUCUGGCCACCGUCAUCGCUCUGGCUGAUAUUCUGUUCGUCCUGCUGCUGGUCCCCGAGUCCCUGCCGGACAAGAUAAGACUGUACUCGUGGGGUUCACCUAUUUCCUGGAAGCAGGCCAAUCCUUUCGCUUCUCUGAGGAAGGUGGGGAAAGACUCCACAGUGCUGCUGAUCUGUGUCACAGUGUUCCUGUCGUAUCUCCCCGAGGCCGGACAGUAUUCCAGUAUCUUUCUCUAUCUGGGACAGGUCAAUAAUUUCUCCCCGGAAGCGAUAGCAGGGUUUUUUGAGAUGGUGGGAAUCCUGUCCAUCAUAGCACAGACGUUACUGUUGAGCGUUCUGAUGAAGAAGAUUGGGAAUAAAAGCACAGUGCUGCUGGGUCUGGGGUUUCAGUUGUUCCAUCUGGCUUGGUACGGCUUCGGCUCUGAACCAUGGAUGAUGUGGGCGGCCGGGGCCGUCGCUGCCAUGUCCAGCAUCACCUUUCCUUCUGUGAGCGCGCUGGUGUCUCGCUGCACGGAUCACGGCCAGCAGGGAGCGGUUCUGGGCAUGAUCACGGGGAUCCGAGGUCUGUGUAAUGGACUCGGUCCGGCUCUGUUCGGUUUCAUCUUCUUCCUCUUUAACGUGGAGCUGAAGGAGCAGAACCCCGUCACGCCGGACACUGAGGAGAAGAAGCGUGUGAUUCCUGGUCCUCCGUUCCUGUUCGGAGCGUGUACGGUUCUUCUGGCUCUGCUGGUGGCGCUGUUCAUUCCCUCUCAACACGCUCCGGCCGUGCAGACGUGUAACACGCGUGUGAUGAUGGUGUCUGCGAUCGGCAUCACGGAGAACGGAUCUGUUCCUGUGAGCGACGAAAACAAGGAGCCUCUUUUACAGGACAGCAGUUAAUAAAGCCAGCAGGAACCCUUCUGGUUUGGGUUUUACUCCAGCAGUGUGUCUGACAAAGCUUUUUACCGUCUGUCUUUUGUUUUUAAUCCUUCGGUCUUUGAAAGAGAAUGUGCCUUCUCCAUAUUUAGGCUUACACUGCAGACAUCCUUCUCUUCCUCAGUGUGUGUCUGGUGUUCUGGUAUAAAUAUCUCAACAUUCUUGAAUUGAGAUGCAUUUACUGUACAAGUAACAUGAUUUAAGAGAUCACGUCUUGUUUUAUCAAAAAAAAAAUAUAUAAUAAUAAUAUUUUGCAUAAAACAAGCAAAUAUAUCUGCCAGUGAGCGAAGAACAAUAGUCUUUGAAUCAGGAUUUUUGGCAGAUUUCUGUUCUUGAUUUUAGAAAAAACUAGGGAUGCACGAUAUUGGAUUUUGGCCGAUAUUCGAUAUGCCGAUAUUUUCUAAAUAAUUUUGGCCGAUGCCGAUACCGAUAUCGAUAUAUAUACAAAUAUAUACUGAUAUAUUUACAAAUAUAUACUGAUAUAUUUAAACUUUAAUUUUACUGAAGAGAAAUCCAUGUAUCUCUUCUGUACUGAUUCUACCAUAAAUUUAUUAUUUUACAAAUGUAGACAGACAUUCACAUCUGAAAAACAGGUCAAUUAUUUCACUUGGAGAAUAUCGGUUUGGCUCAUCGGCAGAAAUAUUCAUAUCGGCCGAUACCGAUAAUGGUCAUUUUAAGCUUUUAUCGGCCAAUACCGAUGUUGUGCCGAUAUUAUCGUGCAUCCCUAGAAAAAACAAACUUAAUUUUGAUGCAUUUUUUUUCAGAAAAUAAGACAUAAGACCAAACACAUCUUGCUUCAAGGCAAAUAAUCUUUAGACAUUUGUACUAGAAAACCAGACAGAAAUACUAAAGAAAAACCAAUCGUUUUGCAGUGGAGUUCAUGUGCUGCCAUGUAUCUGAAUGUAAACACUAGUCCUGAUGAACUUUAACCUCUGUGCUACACUGUAACACCUGCUUUUAACAACACUUGUAAAGCUACAUAUAGAAAUAAAGGGACCAGAGACCUUC